AUGAGUAAUAUGGCUGCACCUCCGCCGCGACAACAGUCGAAGGUUGAUCCGAAAAAACUUAACAGAGCCGUGAAGUCUCUGAUGAAAUGGUGGGACUCCAAAUCCAAGUCCGAGGACUCGGAACCGCUCGAGGACGACGGCUUCGUCUAUCUAAUCGUGACUCUGAAGAAAAUCCCGCAGAUGGAUCGGACGAGCCCCGUGAUGAUCCCUCUUCCCCAUCCUCUCAUCGAUCUGGUCGAAGACUCGCCGGCGCUCUGUUUGAUCAUCGACGACAGAAAGAAGAACAAAAUCACAAAGGAGUCGGCGUUGAAGAAGAUCGAAGCAGAGAAUAUUCCAAUCAGCGCCGUGAUUAAGGUCUCGAAAUUGAAGACCGAUUUAGUCAAACUAGAGUUAGAAGAAGGGAAGCGAUGCGAUUUGUAUUUCGCGGAGAAGAAGCUACUGCCGUCAUUGCCGAAGCUAUUGGGGAAGGAGUUCGUGAAGAAGAAGAAGAAUCCGAUUGCGAUCAACCUGUGGCAAGGUAAUUGGAAAGAGCAGGUCGAGAAAGCGUGUGAAUCGGCUUUGUUCUUCGUUGGGACUGGUACUUGCAGUGUUGUCAAGGUAGCGAAAUUGUCAAUGGGAAGGAAGGAGAUUGCAGAGAAUGUCAUGGCUGCCAUAGACGGGAUUGCAGAUUCGAUUCCUGGUAAAUGGAAGAAUGUUAAAUUGUUUCAUCUGAAGUUGGCAGAGAGCUUGGCAUUGCCUGUUUAUCAACGAGCUCGAGAUUUGGAGCUCGAAUGA